AUGUCUCGAUCAUUUACCGGUUGCAAACGAUGUAAAGCUCGACGGCAAAAAUGUGACGAACAGCGACCGAUAUGUGGACGAUGCAAGACGGCUGGAGCGCAAUGCCGAUAUGCGAUGCAACUGCAGUGGGGAGGGAGGGCCUUCUCGCGCUCGAGGUUCGGGGCAUGUGUGGGACAUGGGGGCAUGCAGAAACUCGAGUACUCUCCCGGCGAAUUCAUCUAUACUACGAAAGCUUCACCUCCCCCUCCUGAGCCUCGUGCUCUCGCCCGACCCGUCGAUCCGUUUUCGUCGUUAUCGUCUGACCAGAAGGCUCUUCUUCACCAUUUCCUUAAUGAUGCCUCUCAAAUCACUGCCUGCCAUACGGGCAUGCAAAGAGAUAUCUGUCAGAUGCUUGUUCCGAUGGCCCUCCAGACCCCGUCUUUACUAUAUGCGACCAUGGCUCUAUCGGCGAUUCACCUACAAGCCCUACACAAUCAGUCGGAAAACGUCAAGUCUGCACCGGAAAUAGCACGGUUUAUGUCCCUCAGUUUAGAACAUUUUCGGGCGGAGCUUCAGGACCCUAACGUCAAGGGCUCGGAUGCGUUGUUGGCGACCGCGCGAACACUCUGUCUGGCAGAGAUUCAUUCCGGGGCUAUCCAUCCUAACUCAUGGAGGGCUCAUAUUGAGGGGGCUAGGGCGUUGAUGGAUGCUUGUGAUAACCGAGGAGCGUUGUCGCCGCGGUCGUCAGACGGGUUCAGGAGGUACUUGAGCCGGUGGUACCGAUCGAUUGUUUCUCUCACGGCGUUAACAGGCAAUGGGCCACCUAUUGGUGAUGUUGCAGCUCAAACCAUCUUGAGUACUACCAACCAGCACGACUCUCCUGAUUACCUUGACGAUUACUGGGGCUUCACGGUUAAUCUCGCCGCAGUCUUUCGUGGGAUAGGGGCCGCUGCCUGGCGAAGUCACCCGAGCCAACAAUGUGGUGGCAUGACACAAGGAGACGAAUUCAGCGUUUAUCAUGAAGCCGCAGUUCUUGAGUCGUCCGUUCGGCGCUUGAUGGACCAGGAAGCUGACUCACAGCCUGCAUUCUACCCAGGGGUGGUGGAAGGACUCUCAAGCGAAUACAUUCGUCAAUUCAUUCUAUGCAAUGAAGCUUUCCAGCAUAGCGCACUCAUUCAGAUCCAUCGUCGAUUGAGGAAAACACCAGCAUCAUCACCGGAGGUCCAAGCAUCUGUCAAGCGGAUCUUGGAAUGUACUGCUCAAAUUGGACCCUCGGCGGGGCUCAGUCCAUGGACCAUGCUUACCACGCCGUUAUUCAUUGCAGGUUGCGAGGCAGGGGAUGAAGACCGGGAGAAAGUGCGCCAAUUGCUCUCCUGUUUGCAUGACACGAUUCGUGUUCCGAAUGUGCUCCAGUCUUUAAGGUUUUUAGAGCAAUAUUGGGCGAGCCAGAUUGAUGAGAAUGAAGGUUGGAAUCAAUUCCUCGAUCGAAUGCAAUUUGACUUUAUCCCCUAUUGA